CACUACUCUCUUCUUUCUUCAUCCCUUUCCUCUCUUCAUCAAGAAUCUGAAUGGCUACUACUUCUCCUACCACUAAUACAACUCCAAGAUAUGGUCAAAGAGCCACCACAUUUUCAACCCCAAUUUUCACUCUUUCUUCUACUACACCUUCUCAUUCUUCCUUUGAAUCACUCUCUUUAUAUGAUCAAAAGGGAGUGCCAUUUUCUUGGGAACACAUUCCUGGAAUUCCAAAGCAACAAAGUUCAAGAAAAAAUAGCUCUUCUUUAAGUCAACUACUUCCAUUACCACCACCAUCUAGAAAUCCUCCAAAUUCAUCCAAGAAAAUACAAAGGUUACGCGACGAAUUUUCUCCAAGAAAGAGUAGUACUACUAGUGAAGGCUUCAAAAAAGAUCCAUUUUUUGCAGCAUUUGUGGAAUGUUCCAAGGAUCAUCAAGAACAUCAUGAGGAUUUUAGUGACAUGUGGAAGAAUACUACUACAUCAUCUUCAAAGGUAAUGAACUCAUCAACAAGAAGCUUAAGUGACAAAUUUGGAUUCAUGAACAUGUAUGCAUCUUGUAAAAGAACUUGUACUGUUUCAGAAUCCAUUGUUUAUCUUCCAAGAUCAAGAAAUUAUGAUCUCCUUAAAACUCGUCGAACAAGCCAAUAAAAA